AAUGACGAAACGAAAAUGACGCACUUCCAUUGGUUGAUUUAACCAAGGCGUACGAAGUUUGAAUGAUCAAUGGCGGAAGGUUGAUUAUAUACAGCAUUGUUUACAGAAUUUGAUAUUGUAGGUAUUGUCAACCAGUGAAGAUGGCGACACUGUAUUCAAGGGUACCGCACACUUUAGGUGUGUCUCACCUGGAAGCAGUAGAAGGAGACCUUGCCAAUUUGAUGCUGGACUAUGAAGAAGAUUUUUUGUGGCUGGAUGAGAUUUUAGAAGCAUGCAAAAAAGCAUUAGUUACACCCGAAGUUGAGUUAUUGCCAAAGACUCCAUCAUCUAAGAAGCCACGAAGAAGAAUCGUUAAAAAGAAAAAAGAAAUAGAAACAGAAAGUGAUGCUGAUGAUGAAGAAGGUACGCCACCUAGUCGUAAAACAAGACAGACAGCUCGACAAAAAGUACUAUAUAAUAAAGAGAACAAGACCAAAGAACCUGCAAGGAAAACACGUGGAAAGAAACAGAAUUCUGGAUCGAGUGAGAAUCCCCGUCAGAAAAUAUCUCCUAAGUUAACAUCUACAAACUUAUCUAAAAUGAGUGAUUGCUCUGAAUUAGAAUUAUCAGAUGCUGAAAUGACACCAGUUGCCAAAUCAACCAGCAGAAGUACGCUAAACAAAACAGCCAUUGGUGUUGCAAACCAAUCAAAAAAUUCUCCUUAUAAUAAGGAAAAAUAUUCUGUUAAGCAAAGAGCUUCAGCUUAUGAAGAGAUGCUUGGUAAACGAUCCAGUCACAGUCCAGCUGUCACACCUGUAAAUAAAAAUAAACAUUGUAUAUCAGUGGAUAAUACACCCGAAUAUAAUACGCCAGAUACUGUUAAACACUCUAAAACAGUAUCUUGUCUUGAUAAAGCAAAUGUAGAAAACUUGAACGAAUCCAUCAUAAAGGAGAAAACAGCACAGAAAAGACGAUCAUCAAGAAAAUCACUAAAAGUAUUGUCAUCAAAAGUUAAACGUUUAUCUGUUCAUGGUCAUCAUAAUACUGGUACUCGACUGGUAGAAGCUGAAUAUUCAGAAGAAGUCACUGAGGUUAUUGAAGAACCAAAACGUAAACCUAGAACGCGAUUACGUCUUAAAAAGAAGGAACAAAUUGAGAUGAGUACUGAUGAAUCAGAAAGUACAUGUACGUCUAUUGAUAAAGACAGUACUAAAAAUGAUGCUGAUGAAAAUAAAAAUGAAUCGAAAGAUACUGUUACAACAUAUCAAUCACCUGUUAAGAAAGAUGGCACACCUGUACCUCGGCCUCGAACAUCUAAAUCCACAUGUAGAACUCCUCUUAAAUCAGAAAAUGAGUCAUGUGAUGAGAUUAUGAAACCUGUAAGCAAGAAAAACUCUAUGGAUAAAGCGUGUUCAUCGGAGAGUGAGGUCGUAAUGGAUACUGGGUCGUCAGAUGAUUGUGAUACAGGACUUAAAACUAGACGUGGCAGCAGAGGUCGUAAAGACUCAUCUCAUCGUGAUAGAGAUUCAGGUAUUUCUGGAGUUUUAAGUGCUCAAUCUAGUGCUGUUAGCUUGAAAAAUUUAGAGAUGGACAAUGAAAAGACUAUUAACCAUGACAGUUUGAAGCCAACACGUUCCACUAGAUCCCAAUCUAAACAAUAUCAGCAAUCUCCAAUCCUAGAGGGAAGUAAUACAGACGAAGUGUUCCAUACACCAGAAGUAUCUGAACCGAAAAACAACAGAAAACGUCAAGUUGAUGAUUGUGAAGAAGUGAGUUCUGCACCUAAAAGUAAAAGAUCAUGUACUGGUAUACAACAAGAUGCCAAUACUCAUGAAGAGCCCGAAAAUGAAUUGCAUGAUGGCCCUAAAACGCCAGGUAGAGCAUCUUUAGACUCUGAUCAAUAUGAAAGUAUGGAGAAUGAUAGUGAUGAUUAUACAUCACCGAAACAUAGACCUAAAAUUGUUCGACCUGUAGGACUCAACAAUUCUGCGUGUAGAUCUGCUAAUAGACCCACUAAUUUAUUGUCAGGAUUUGUUAAUUCAUUUGUUAAACGGAACACUCCUGUGAAAGCACUGUCGAUUGAUCAGAAAAAAAGAGAAAUAAUGGAGAAAGAAAAGAAAAAUGAAGACAGAGUUCAGAGAAAGAGAGAAAUGUUGAAUAAACAGAUGCAAGAACGUAAAAGGUUGUUUGCUAAUUAUGAGAUGACAAAACUUGUCAGUUAUUAA